AUGCCUGGUGAACUGGCAUCUUGGAUUCAACUCCUUCUUUUUCCUGUUUGCAUCCUCCACGUCACUAACUCUGAUCAGGAAGAGAAAACUAGCACGCUGAAGAAGCUACAGAUCAAGUCUGUUAACCGUGCUCUACGUAUUUGGACCAGGCCCAAUGGUUGUGCAAUGUUGAUUCAGGAAGUUCUUAAUAUGAAUGAUGAGAGGAAGAAUGCGCUGGAAGAAAUAAGGAAUAAGGCUAAAAAGGAAAACCAAGAGGCCACCAAUCUGCGUUUAUGUAGAGACAAACUCAUAAAUGGGUUAUAUGCAGCUUCUAUACGCACCCUUACCUUUAGUGGAGUCGCACCUAAUAAUGAGAACACCUUGGCUGAACUUCAAUGCAAGCAUCCCCCUGCUGGUUUGCCGGUGAUUCCAUCUUAUCCACCUUCCCAAACUGCUAUGGUAGCUUCGACGGAGUUGGUACUCGGCAUAUUGAAGAGUUUCCCUAAAGGGACCUCAUGUAAAAGAGAUGCAUUCCGUGCGCAACACCUCCUCGAUGCUCUCAGUGGGGCUGCUGCUGUUUUAGCAGAUGAAUUAAUCGCAUCUAUUACGGAUGUGGUUAACUUGUGGUUGGCAGGCUCUUGUCCAUUUGUUUUGGGAGCUUUUGUGGCUAGUGCUCCUCUCACUCCACUUACCAAACCGUGUGGUGGUUUACGUCCGAUUGCAGUGGGCACAAUUUGGAAAAGGCUUGUAUCUAAGUGCGUUGUUUCCUUCGUUGGCCAAGAAAUGAGCUCUUACCUGGGUGAUUUCAAGUUUGGAGUUGGUGCUAAAUGUGGUGGAGAGGCGAUUUUACAUGCUGUUCAUCGUGUGCUAGAAGAGAAUAGGAAUCAGGAUAAUCUUUCCAUGUUGUUGGUGGACUUUUCUAAUGCAUUCAAUCUCAUUGAUAUAACUGCUAUGAUUUCCGAGGGGGUACAACAAGGUGAUCCUCUUGGACUGCUUUUGUUUGCUCUUACUCUCCACCCUCUAAUAUUGAGUAUUGCCAAACGAUGUGAGCUAGAACUGCAAGCAUGGUACCUUGAUGAUGGCACGGUGAUUGGUGACACUUUGAUGGUCGCCAAAGCUCUUCAGAUCAUUCAAGAUGAAGGUGCCGCUAGGGGGAUUUUUCUGAACAUCAGGAAAACAGAGUUAUUCUGGCCUUCUCCUGAUCCCAGAGCAUCCACGAUAGGUGUUUUCCCUCCGUACAUUAGUAGGCCAGAAAAAGGGGUUAAACUGCUUGGAGCUCCCUUCAGUCUUGAUGCCCAAUUUAAUGCUGAUAUGGUUGUGAGGAGAGUACAUAAAACAGUGGAACUUGUUGAUGCAAUUGAGAAACUUGAAGAUCCACAGUGUGAACUUCUUUUAUUUAGGAAUUGUGCCGGAGUUUCACGUCUAUACUUUGCUCUUCGAACUACCAUGCCUGACUACAAGUAUGAAGCUCAAGAUUUGUUAGACGCUCAACUUUAUAAGUUUCUGCACCAUGUGAUUACGGGUGAUAGGCCUGGUUUUGGUCCCCCUGCAACAGAGACCCUUGAACUCCAGUCUAUUAUCUUGAGACGCACUGGUUUCAAUACCAACCUCGUACGAGCUGCGGAUUCCUUCAACUCUAUAUGUAGUCCUGUUUCUCUUAUAUGCAUUGAUAGCUCUGCCACUCAUUCUAUGAAAAUGUUGGCGGUUGUUUAUUUUGAUGCAGUAAAUAAGGACUUGACUACCAAUUUCAAGUUGUCUGAACGUGAUUCGAUGCUUGGGAAGAGUAAUCGAAUGAAGCAUGCUUUGGAUUUUUUAAUGGCCAUUCCCAUUGUUGGCUUAAAUCAAAAAAUUGGUGCGAGGCAGUUCAGUGCGGUGUUAUGUUACAGACUUGGGAUCCCCCUUUUUGAGCUGGACAGCAUGUGCCCCUUUUGCAAGAGAGAAAUGGACAUUUUUGGUGAUCACGCUGUGCAUUGUGCAAAUGAGGUAUGCCUAAAGUUUAUACAUGAUCUAGUGCAUGAUACAAUUGCAGACAUAUGCUAUCGGGUUGGACUUCCGGCACGUAAGGAGGCGGAUUUGGGACUUCUUUCUAAUAAUGGCACUUCUCUGAGACCGGCAGACAUUCUGGUGUAUAAUUGGGAUAAUGGUCGUGAUGUUUGUUUGGAUGUGACGAUUAUCUCGCCCUUUGCAGGAAGUCGUACUUUGGAACUGGGACAAGCUCUCAAGGAUGCUGUCAUUCGUAAGAACACCAAGUAUCUGGAGAAAUGCGCAUCGCAGGGCUAUGGGUUUGAGGCUUCGGCUUUUACUACUCUCGGUGAGCUUGGAGUUGAAACGAUUAAUUUUAUUGAGCGUCUUCGCAAUUAUAUGUCCAGAUACGAUGCAAAUGUGCGCAUUGGGGACUUUCUUUUUCAUAGGCUUAGUGUGGUAGUACAAAAAGGGGUUGGAGCCCAACUUGUUUCUAGGCUCCCGACCAGUUUUUUGUUGGAUGAGAAUCCUUUUGAAUAA